AUGCUCUUAUCGGUCCGAUCCAGCAGUAGAGCCUGCGGUUCAGCCUGCAGUGGCCUACAAUUUGAAUGGUUAACAGGGGUCUCUGCAUCUCCUGCAGCCAGAGCGCAAUGUCCCCGACGCCUUCCGCAAUCCAGACCUCCACACCCACGAACAACGUUGAGAGCCUUCCAUUCGACUCGCGAGUGUAACUCACAAUCCCCGCGAAUCUCCUACCGGGUUGCGGCAUCAGCAUCCGGCAAAGGCCGCCCUUUUACCCCUGCCAAAAAUGCCUAUAACUUCAACCCUGACCUCCACGCGGCCCUCGGCGUCGCCGUCGACACACAGAACCCAGCCGCGAAGCGCAAACGGCGCCCAGAUAGCGGAGAGGAUGCGUUCUUCGUGAGCAGAGUCGGCCGGUCCGGUUCCCCUUCAGAUAACUCCAUCGCCUUUGCAGUUGCCGAUGGCGUCGGCGGUUGGGCGGAGUCGCGCGUUGACCCUGCAGACUUCUCGCACGCUCUAUGCGGCUACAUGGCCGAGUCCGCGCUGGCCUGGGAUCAACCCGCGGACCAGCUCCGCGCCAAGUCCCUCCUCCAAACCGGCUACGAUAUGGUCGUCGCAGACAAGUCGGUCCCUGCAGGCGGCAGCACCGCUUCCGUUGGUAUAGGCCUUGAGGAUGGCCGCGUUGAGCUAGCAAACCUCGGCGACUCGGGUUCUGUCCUCCUCCGCCAGGCCGCAGUCCACCACUACUCCAUCCCGCAAACCCACGGCUUCAACACCCCUUACCAACUCAGUAUUAUCCCACCGCGAAUGCGCCAGCAAGCCUCGAUCUUCGGCGGCGCCUACCUAGAAGACUUCCCGCGAGACGCAAUCACAACAACCCUCCACCUGCACCACGGUGACGUCCUCGUCCUCGCCACAGACGGCCUCUUCGAUAACCUCAACAACCAGGAUAUCCUCAAACUCGUCACAAGUCGCAUGCUCUACACAAAAGCCUGGUCCGCCUCUACAUCCCCUAGUACGGGAAUCACACCAGCCUCGUCGGAGACUCUCGCCGCACUUACGGGCCCUGAUGGUCUCGCCGCCCUCCUCCCUCAGAGCCCCUCAUCCGAAUCAAAACCCUCCUUGAAUACGAAACCUGCCACGGCAUCGAACCCGCACGAUGCCACAUAUACCCUCCAAUCCCUUCUCGCAGCCACGAUUGCAGGCGAGGCCAAACUCGCCAGCAUGGACCUGCGCCGCGACGGACCCUUCGCAAAGGAAGCGCAGCGGUAUUACCCCGGCGAUUACUACCGUGGCGGGAAAGUUGACGAUAUCACGGUAUUGGUAAUUAUUGCUGUUGAGCAAUAA